CCUUCGGAUGGUUUCAGCUUAGUCCAAGUGCAGUUCCAGUCAGAAUAUCACCAGAGAAUGCUCAAGGUUUUCGUGCUUUUCGCCCUGCUGAGUGGGGUCCUAACCGCCACGGUCAUUUACCAUCACCCCGUGGUCUAUCAUCAUCCUCUGCCGGCGGCUGGUUCGGCACCCCAGAAGUUGGAUCAACACCCCGGCUACACCAUUGUGGCACCCCUCACCAAGAUUGCCCACGUCACCUACGAUUCCGUGCCCAUUUCGCACACGCCCUACGAACAUGUUCCUCUCUUCCAGAGGAUUGGUCAUGUUAAGAACAAGAGGUUUUAGCUAGGAUUACUCAUAAAAUGUUCAUUAAAAUAGGGUUUCUAAUGGAAAGUUAUUUUAUGUGUGAAACCAUUUUUUGAAUGGAAUAAAAAAUUGAAAGCGA